GUUGAAGCUAAACUGCCAUGUUGUGUCUGUCCAGCUACAAUAUAGAUGUGCAUAAAAGUAGUUUUUGUGGAGUUAUGAAGUUCUUUAGUAUAAUUUUAAUUUCAUUGACAACUUCAAAGUUUGUUAAUGCUCGACAAUUUCAAGUUACGGAUCAAGUAUAUUUUGAUAUCCAGAGGGAAGAUAAACAUCUUGGCAGGGUUGUGAUAGGCCUGUUUGGGGAUCUUGCGCCAAAAGCUGUUGAAAAUUUUAAAGUCCUUGCCACAAGUGGUAUUAAUGGCAAAUCUUAUAAAGGCACCUCAUUUAAUCGAAUUAUAAAGAGAUUUAUGGUACAAGGUGGUGACAUUGUGUCUAAUGACGGGACUGGAUCUAUAAGCAUUUAUGGCGAAACCUUUGAUGAUGAGAAUUUGGAUACCCAACACACUGGAGCAGGAUUUGUUUCAAUGGCAAAUAAAGGAAGUAACACAAAUGGAUGCCAGUUUAUCAUAACUACGACAGGAACACCUUGGUUAGAUCACUUACACACUGUUGUUGGAAAGGUGGUGGAGGGUCAGAAUGUGGUUCAUUUGCUGGAGCAUACGCCCACUGACGUCGAAGAUCGGCCCACGGAACACGUCUUCAUAUCCGAUUGCGGCCUCGUACCUGUCUCGCGGCCGUACACUAUAUCGGACGACCCCUACGAUUUGUGGGCGUGGAUUAAGGCGUCGGCUGUUCCACUCACGAUGUCUUUCUCAAUACUCGGCUUUUUCCAUUGGAUGAUGCGAAAAAUGGAGAUUUGAAAGUAUUUAAAACUCUUAUGUACAUGUUCUAUCUCAAUAAAUAGGUAGAAAUAAACA